GCGCGAUGAAUCGGGUCUGUUCUUUGAGGCAUUCGGUUUCCCGCUAGUUGUGUUGCUCGUUUUUCCAUCAUGAACUGCCUUGCCGUCCCCAAUAUUACCCCCGGCUCCCCCAGCAAGAUUCGGGGGCAGAUCCAGGUGAUAUUCGGCCCGAUGUUUUCCGGCAAAAGCACUGAGCUGAUGCGGAGGGUCAGGCGCUUUCAGAUCGCGCAGUACAAAUGCCUCGUGAUAAAAUACGCCAAAGAUACGCGUUACAGCAAAGAGCAUCUGGCCACCCACGACCGGAACACGAUGGCUGCCGUGUCCGCCUGCACCCUGGCAGACGUGGUUCCCGAAGCGCUGAGCUGCAGUGUGAUCGGGAUCGACGAGGGGCAGUUUUUCCCCGACGUCGUGGACUUCUGUGAAGAAAUGGCCAAUCGGGGGAAAACGGUGAUAGUGGCGGCUCUUGAUGGCACGUUCCAGAGAAAGGCUUUUGGUGACAUCUUGAAUUUGGUGCCGCUGGCGGAGAGCGUGGUGAAGCUGAACGCCGUGUGCAUGGAGUGUUACCGCGAGGCUUCCUACACCAAGAGAUUGGGGGCAGAGAAAGAGGUGGAGGUGAUCGGAGGAGCCGAUAUGUAUCACUCGGUUUGCAGGCAGUGCUUUUUCCGGACGCCGGUACCCGCUGGAGGGAAAGAGAACCAAGCCGUGCGCGGCGCCAUGGACACAACCCCCUGUCCGACGAACCCAAAACCGGCCAAAUCCAUCGCCCCGAGGAAGCCUUUCGUCCUGCUCCAGAGGUCAUAGGUUACCGGCUCCAUGUAUUUACACCUUAUUUAUUUACCUGCUUCUUUUAACGCUCGUGCUUUCUGUAUAAUGUAUUUUUAACGAUUGGAGCGGGGCUUCCGCGGUGUGUAAUGAAAUCAGACGCUGCCGGUUUUAGUGCUCGGCCUGUUACGGACAUCGGCCUGUCUCCGCUGGGUGAGGGUCAGCAAGAUGUUUUUUUGUAUAGGUCUUUUUAAUGUAUUUUUAUAUUUUUAAACAAAAAAUCCUACUCUUCCUGUACAAGAUGUUGUAUAAUUUGUGAGGAUUCAUGAAAUAUAUGGCAAAAACUAAGAA